AUGGCCAAACGCACCAAGAAGCAGUGCGACGUGCUCUACUGCGCCGCGUGCCAGCUCAAGUGCCACCCGUCCCGGGGACCCUUUGCUAAGCACCGCCUGGUGCAACCGCCGCCGCCGGCGCCUGCCGAGACAGCCGCGGGGCCGCCCGGCGCGGCCCAGGGCGCCCCCAGCGGAGGCGGUGGCUGCAAGAGCCCUGGAGGCGCUGGGGCAUCCGGGGGCAGCGCGACCCGCAAGUUUCCCACGUGCCCGGAGCACGAAAUGGAGAACUACAGCAUGUACUGCGUGAGCUGCCGCACCCCCGUGUGUUACCAGUGCCUGGAGGAAGGUCGCCACAGCAAGCACGAAGUGAAGCCCCUGGGAGCCAUGUGGAAGCAGCACAAGUCACAACUAUCUCAGGCCUUGAAUGGAGUUUCUGACAAGGCAAAAGAAGCGAAGGAGUUUCUGGUUCAGCUCAAGAACAUACUGCAGCAGAUCCAGGAAAAUGGACUAGACUACGAAGCUUGCCUGGUUGCUCAGUGUGAUGCCCUGGUUGAUGCCUUAACUCGGCAGAAAGCUAAAUUACUCACCAAGGUUACUAAAGAGAGAGAGCACAAGUUGAAGAUGGUUUGGGAUCAGAUCAAUCACUGUACAUUGAAGCUUCGCCAAUCGACAGGGCUGAUGGAGUACUGCCUGGAAGUGAUCAAGGAGAAUGACCCUUCGGGGUUUCUACAGAUCUCUGAUGCCCUGAUCAAGCGUGUCCAGGUGUCUCAGGAACAGUGGGUGAAAGGCGCCCUGGAGCCCAAGGUGUCUGCGGAAUUCGAUCUGACUUUGGACAGUGAGCCUCUGCUACAGGCCAUCCACCAGCUGGACUUCAUCCAGAUGAAAUUGCCACCGGUCCCGCUGCUGCAGUUGGAGAAGUGCUGCACCCGUAACAACAGUGUCACCCUGGCUUGGAGGAUGCCUCCCUUCACCCACAGCCCUGUGGAUGGCUACAUCCUGGAGCUGGACGACGGAGACGGUGGGCAGUUCCGGGAAGUGUAUGUUGGCAAGGAGACCCUGUGCACCAUCGACGGCCUUCAUUUCAACAGCACCUACAAUGCCAGGGUCAAGGCCUUCAACUCCUCAGGUGUCGGGCCUUACAGUAAAACUGUUGUUCUGCAGACAUCUGAUGUGGCCUGGUUCACAUUUGACCCCAACUCUGGCCACCGAGACAUCAUUUUGUCCAAUGACAACCAGACAGCCACCUGUAGCAGCUAUGAUGACCGGGUAGUGCUAGGCACGGCUGCCUUCUCCAAGGGUGUGCAUUACUGGGAGCUACAUGUAGACCGGUAUGACAAUCACCCUGACCCUGCCUUUGGGGUUGCCAGGGUCAACGUGGUCAAAGACAUGAUGCUGGGCAAGGAUGAUAAGGCCUGGGCCAUGUAUGUGGACAACAACCGCAGCUGGUUCAUGCAUUGCAACUCUCACACCAACAGGACAGAAGGUGGGGUGUGUAAAGGGGCCACGGUUGGUGUGCUACUGGACCUGAACAAGCAUACCCUGACCUUCUUUAUUAAUGGACAACAGCAGGGCCCCACAGCUUUCAGUCAUGUGGAUGGGGUCUUCAUGCCAGCUCUCAGCCUCAACCGCAAUGUUCAGGUCACCCUGCACACAGGAUUGGAUGUACCCACAAACCUUGGCCGGCCCAAAAUGUCAAGCAAUUAACUCCCAGAUCUGGUGCUCCACCUGCAGCUCCAGCCUGCGGCACUCCUGGGAGAAGAGCACCCGACAUCCUAAAUACAUGCAAAUAACCCACAGGGCAAACUGACCAGCCACUGCAUAUCUUCCAAGCACAUUGUCUUUGGUGGACAGAGAAUGGGUUUACAGGCCAUGUUUACUCAUUCUCCUGUCAGCUGUAAUGUAGGCGUUUCGUAUUCAUACCACCUCGAUGUUACAAACACUGAUGAAGAAGGACCUUUCUCAAGGGAGUGAGGAGGCAGCCAUCCUGGGUCUUAUGCUUUUGUUUCUGGCUCCCUGUCAUUAACUUUUCUUUGGGGGCAGGAUGGGAGAGGAUGGAGGGCAACCUUUGGGACUGCAUUACUAGAGCAGAGGCAGGAAACAGCAGGUCCUUUCUUUCCCCAGUCUGAGCUCUUUGCUGGAAAGCCACUCCUUGAGAGGCCACAGCUGCAAGUUCUCAUCUUUGCUAGAACAAGUUCCCUUUAGAUUUGGGUCCUGCAGUCUUUCAGGAAGAGCUGUUCCUGCAGACCUAAUUCAGGACUGAGAGAAAAGACUGGUUUUUGCCACUCCUUGAACUGUUGGGAACCCUUUAAAAUUGCUUCCGUAGGUCCUUUAUUAACCACACACACCACCAGUCUGCUAAAAGUCAUUCACUCACUUCCUAGUCUCAAACACAAAUGAAAGCCCCACGAUUUUAAUGAUUGUGGGAUAGUCUUCACUUAGUCGUUUCUCCCCUAUCUGGACCUGACUCCCCCAAAGCUAACUGAAAAUGUAUUGAGUUGCUCUUUUCAGCAGCGCUGCUCUCAGAUUUGUAAUAAGCGUGUAGGAUGAAGACCCUGGGGAAACCUUUUAGAGACACCCCACCUUGGCUUUGAGACCAGUCCUGUCAUCAUGAAAGCAAGGAGUAGCCCCGGGGCAGGUGUGUUCUGCAGGCAUGGGGAAGCAUAGGCCCUCUGAAGAAGGCAAGAAAUAAGAUGGGCAGUAUUAUUAAUUUCUCAAUAAUCUAGAAUGAUCAUGAGUGAGAGGUCCCUGGGCCAGAGUGCUCAGAGAAAGAUCCUGGGUCACAAGGUCACAUGUGGCCAGGGCUAUAUGAGAAGGAUGACUUAGGCAGUAGUGCUGGGGUUCUACCUGUGUCUAUCAGACCCAUAAGUCUAGUCUUUGCUUGUAAAUUUGAAUUUUGUUGGACGGUUUUCUCUAUUCUAAGUAGGACUUUCUACUGUGGCCCUAGUCGGAACCGUGAAAAAUAGCAGCCGAGCACCAUCUAGUUCUUCUAGUCUCAGGCUAGAAGAGGUUCGUAGGGGUCAAGCAUUUUAUUUUUGAAGCUGAGGAGUAAUUUGUCUGUUUACUGGCUCUAGUAUUUCCUUUUUAUACAAUUUUUCAGUGAUUCAUAAACCAAAAGCCAACUGUGUUUGCUAGGUUCUGUAUCCUUGUUUAGAUACUGUACUUCCUUUCUGAGUAACCACCGGCCAAUGCUGUGCAUAUUUUACCCAGUUAUCCAGAGGACCCAACAAUCCUACCUCAAAGCUCAUGCUCUUUGAUCGCAAAGCUGACUGGACCAGCUUUUCCCAGAGAUAGGAUAAGCAAGACCAGCUGCCCAGUAGCUUCAGGAGCUGCCUGGAACCAUGUUUAAGUCAUCGUGGCAAGGUCUUGAAAUCAUCUGCUCAAUGGAAGCCAAAACCUUACCUCUUCAUUCUUGUCCCAUUGAGUAGAUUCUUGGGUGCACAAGAGAGUCCUUCCUUCUAUCCUAAAGUGUCCCACCCUCUAGCCAGAGAGGCCAAAGAGCAGGCUGCUGCUGGCCUGUUCUGUGCGGCUGUGUCUCUCUGCUUCUAUUUCCCUUUGGCUUUGCUCAUUAGCCAGAGCUCAAUUGUUUGGCAUGUGGAAAAGAUUUCUAAAGACUGGAGGAAACAUAAAGAGGCGGAGAAAGCCAUGACCAGCAGGUUCUGAAACCAUCCAUUUGGGAAAAUGUUUCAUAAUCUUUUGGAAAAGACGUGGCCCGCUCUUGGGAAUUGACAACAAGACUGAGAGUCUGAGCCACCGGGCUAGCAGCAGAGGUAGCUCUCUAUAGUGGAGGCCAAAGGGAAAGAUAGUGGAGCUUCAGCAUCAUCAAGGCCAGGAUCAUAAGCCACCCUGGCCCCAAGGAAGAUCACUUAUCUUUGGAGAGCAUGGUGACUUUGGACUGUCCUGGACUUUUUCACCGCUUCCCAAGAGUCAGCAUCUGAGUUGGGGAGAUGUGGAACAUAGAGAAAGGAAACCCCACAAUUUCAGGUGACCUCUUUGAGAAGAGAAUGACCUGCUGACACUGCUUUCUACUUUACAGGAAUGUCCAGAAGCCCUGUGAGCAUUGGGAGCAGGGGGAAAUUUUGCCUUUUUUUACCCUUACAAGAGCCCAGAAGCAAUACUGCUGACACCAGGAAUGAUCUCAAGCUAUCCUGAAGCCACCUCUUCCUGUCCUCAGCACAAAAUACCUUUCAGGGACAAGAUCAGACCCAAAAGGGAAGGACAGGUAUAUCUGAAGGCUCAGAGAAACAAAGAAAAAGCCUACCAACUUCCUGUGGCCUUACAUACACAGCCUUUCUAGCGAGCUCCUGGGAGCCGGGUCACGGGAUUCUCGCCUGCCACUGAGUUCUCUGCUACUUGACAACAUGAUAACAUUGUUAUCCAUAAAAAUUGUAUCAAGAAGCUUUUGUUGAGUGGGUUGAAGAAUAACUUUGGACAAAUUUGCCUAGCAGUUUUGGUAAGAAAGCAAGUUCAAGUAGUUUAAAACAUCACGUUCCAUUGCAUUGUAAAUAAUGCCUUUGUAAAGUAGUUCUACAGUUUGUUCUUUGAUAGUGAGCCAGUUUGAUCAAAGUAUAUGCCUUUCCCUUGACAUUGAAACCUCCCUAGAAAUCUCUUUUUAAAAUAUCCAAUAGCACCUCAUUGCAAGCAUCCCAGUUCCUAAUGUGAAGCAGGAGACGGCAGUCCUCAUGGCUCUGCUUUCUCUCCCUAUCUGUCAUAUUUGGUAAACUGAUGCUUGCAAUUAACGAGGGCAUCAUUAGUAAAUGACCCGCAAGGUAGUUGGCCUAAAAUUAUAAAACUGUAUAUAAUCCUAGACAGAAUCUCAGCCCCUUUACGGUUGGAACAGCACCCAUGUUUGCCACCCCCUAUGGCUCACCAAGUUCAGGAAGGGUUAUACUUUCCAGGGUGCACCUGGGGAAGACUGUGGUGCUCAUGGAAGCAGGUCUUUCUUCCUGCUCUAAGCCCUUCUUUGGCCCUCAGUGACUCUUUUAUAGCCCCAUCUGGUGGCUCCAAGCUCUCUGCCCUACCAGAGCAAACCCAAGAGGCAGAGUCAGUAUGUACCUCUCCCAUAGAUAUUUGGAUCUACACCCAUGAAUUCUAACAAAGUAAAAGGCUUUGUCCCCUGUGAAGGAACAUUCCAGAGUCAGUGAGCAAGAGGCUUCCCCAUAGAUGGGGCUGCUGCAGGUGGUGGGUCUAAAAUAAUGGGGAUGGUUAAAUCCUUCUGGGGGUUCAAUAUGUGAAUGCUGAAAAACUAUGACAGGGCCAGAGGCUUAUGCCUUGGUUUCUCGACCCACUACAGUACAUGCCAGUAGCAACCGAUAGUGUCUCUAGAUAUUGCCCAAGGACUCCUUGGAGGAAGGGCAAGGUUACCCCCAGUUGAAAACUGUUGGGUUAUUAUAAUAGCUCAGCAUGUCAAAAUACAUGCAAAGUAUGAACUUAGAGACUUCAUCAUAAUACCAAGACCAUUGUUUCCGAGAGUUCUUCUGUACCUCAGUGCUCUGUUACCUGGAGCGGGUAGGGAGCAAGGGAGUGAGCUGUAAACAGAAGUCACCCUGGCAUGCCUUACAUCUCAUGCACUGAAAAUCUCCCCCAAUUCCUAGAAGGCAAACCUUCAUUUUCCCUUGCCACUUUUCACUAGAGGAAACAGGAAUUUUUUUAAUGGGUUUGUGGGCUUCAACUGGUUUGAGAAACAAAACAACUAAUCAGAUAUGGCUAACAGAUAUGGGAGGUCUCUGCAGACCCUGAGAAAUCUCAGGCCUUUCCCUUACAAGUGAGCCAAGCCAGUAGUUAUUUUCAUCGAUCAUACUCCUUGGUGGCCCUCCUUGGAGAUAAAGGGAUCAGAGCAGCUUAGACUGUAAAUAGACUGUAAAAUAGAUCAUAGUAGGCUUGGGGCAGGAUGUACGGAUCAGACACCAAGUUCAGGUUUCAGAAACUCACCCUCAGAAACUUAUCUCUUUGAACCAAGACUUUGUAUUGGUUCACAACAUAGGUGGGGGCAAAUCCCUUAAAUCUUUCUGUGCCUCAGUAUCCCCACCUGAAAGUGGGGCCAGUCACACCAACCUACCUCCUUUGGUGUAUUGUGAGGGUUAUAGAAUAACACUUUUUGAAGGCAUCUCUAACACUUCUUAGCGCAAUCUUUCGUCUAGUAAUGGUCAGCAGCCAGUAGUUCACAUUCAGUGCAUCAGGGCGUUAUGGAGAGCUGAUCAUAGCAGCUGCCAGGAAGCCAUCGUGUGACGUGGGAUAUCUAUCUAUUUCUCAGAUGCCUAACUUUAAGCAUGAGGAUGAAAAUAGCCACUUAAAGUGAACUUUUCAGGAUCACAGAAAGCAAUGCUCCAAAUGUCCCCAUAUCCAGAGCAACCUGUUAUAAUGGUACUCUUUGUACAAAGCGCUGGCAACAUGUCACAAAUCAGCCUUCUCAUUGUUGGUCCUAAAGGCAUUUGUGUUCAGAAGCCUCCUUAAAUGCGAGAAGGGAGGUUCACCUACCUUUCUGCCUCUGUGUCUGCACUGAGUUCCGCAUCUAAAGAAUUCCUCAACCAAUAGUAUGUCUCGUUUCCAAAUGCCUCCUGCAGAGGGACUAGCUUCCCAAACCUGGUGUCUGGAAGUGAGAGGAGAUGCAACUAAGCUAGAGUUGGGAAGGUUGCUUGGUUACUUUAGAAUACUGAUAAAUUCUGGGACUUCACCUAGAGGGGUUUCCUGGUUUUUCAGAUAAAUAAAGUUGGCUUUUGUUAGAAGAAUUGGGAGUUGAGACAAAGGACUCCUUUGGAGGUGUCCCUAUUCUCUCAAGAGGCACAACUCACUGAGGAAGCAGAGUGCCUAAUCUAGUCCUGGGGAAGGGUCAAAGUAUGCUCAGGGACAAGCGAGGUGGGUACUAUCAAUCAAGCCAGGCCCUCAGGUAAGGAUAUGAAAGGAAUGUACAAACAGAUGUCAGUUUGAGGAAAGUUGUGGAAUUAGGAACAUGGGACCCCAGAGAAGGGUAGACCUUCCUCCUGUCACACCUGAUCACUGGACAUCCUGAACCUAAGACUUUCUCAACCCUAAGAGAAAGUGGGAAAAGAAAAAAAAUGUUAAAUGCAUGAUGUAGAAUUGCUGCUUUUGCACUAAACUGUUGUAUCAAGCAUGAAAGAUGUUUGUUUAAACGUUGGCAAAGGAAUUUAACAAAAAGCUUUGUGUCCUUGUUUUGGCUGUAGCAACACUGACAUCCCUCUGCCUUCCUUUACCCUUGUUUUCCUCCAUCACAGCCAUUUCCUGGCACCAGCUGUUCGUAUCUGAUGGCAGUUCUUGGUCUAGUCAAUCAAUGUUCAUCUUUCACUGGAAACACAGGGAGGAAGGAAAGCAAUUUUUUCUAAUUUUUGUAUUGGUAUCCACAAAUGUUUGUAUUUUUUGAAUUGGAAACACUGUGUUUUCUGGUAUUUGGGGGUUGGUUGAACUUUGUGUAUUACUUUUUGGAAAACCUGAGUUUUACCACAGUCUUAAGCAGAUUUGAAAUAAAUUGUUUUGACACUGCCAACAAUU